AUGUGGGCGGUUUGUGCGGUGUGGGCGGUUAACCAAUACAUGGAACAAGGGAAUACCGGACCAUAUCUGCUUUUGCGCACAAGCAAGUUUAAUCAAGUUUUGUCAUUUUCCUUUUAUCUUGUAGUUUCUUUUUCUAUGAACAACAGUGCUUCCAUUCAAAUUCUGACUAGGUCCAACUACAAGAAGUGGAAACGAGAUGUGGAUUUUAGUUUGAGAAUCAUGGAUUUGGACCUAUACAUGUGUGAAGAUCAACCUACUGCUCCAACUGAUGCGAGCACUACUGCCCAGAGAAAUUUCCAUGCACAAUGGGAAAAGUCAAAUCAUCUCAGUCUAAUAGUUAUGGACAGAUCGAUUUUUGAACAUCUUUUGAGUUGUCUGCCUGAGACAACUAAUGCCAAAGAGUUUUUAACUAAUGUAGGAAAAUUAUAUGACACUGGUGAAAACGUUGAAACUGGAUCUCUUAUGGAUGAGAUUCAAACCAUCAAAUAUGAUGAAACUAAAGGAGUGAGGGACUUCAUUUUAAAAAUUGUCAAUGUUUAG